AUGACAGAGGGACAACAUAAGAACAGUGACAGAGGGACAGAGACAGAGGGACAGAGACAGAGGGACCCAGUGACCAGUGACAGAGGGACAGUGACAAAGGGGGGGACAGGGACAGUGACAGAGGGACAGAGGGACAGAGGAACAGAGACAGAGGGACAAGGGACAGUGACAGAGGGACAGAGACAGAGGGACAGAGGGACAGUGACAGAGGACACAGUACAGGGACAGAGACAGAGGGACAGAGAGAGGAACAGUGACAGAGGGACAGUGACAGAGGGAGGAGGGACAGUGACAGAGGUACGGGGACAGAGGGACAGAGACAGAGGGACAGUGACAGAGGUACAGGGACAGAGACAGAGGGACAGAGACAGAGAAACAGUGACAGAGGGACAGAGACAGAGGGACAGUGACAGAGGGACAGUGGCAGAGGGACAGUGA